AUGAUUGAGUGUUUAUUUCAAGCCAACACCCCAGAGAUUGAAAUUAGACCCAAAGAGCUCAAUAACAAUGACAAGCAACUGAGCACUCAAGCGACAAGUAUGAUCUCUUUAUCCAUCUUAACCUUAGAGAAGUCUACCUAUCUGAAACUCAGUCCCGACCUCUUCAUCCACAUGAAGCGAGAGGAUAUCUUCAGCCAAUACUCAAUAGGCAAGGCUCUGGGUGAAGGUGCCUAUGGUUAGGUCUCUCUGGUGACUAACAAAAGAACUGGUAUUGUUAGAGCCAUGAAGGCCAUCAAAAAGGAUUGUCUCUUCGAAGAGGAAGAAUAAAGACUAUUUUAAGAGAUGAACAUAUUGAAGGACCUCGAUCACCCCAACAUCGUCAAACUCUGUGAGUUGUUCCAAGACGAAAAGUGCUACUACCUCAUCACUGAAUAUCUAAAUGGAGGCGAGUUAUUCGAUCGAAUUCAAAAAGCCAAAACAUUCAGCGAAAGAGAUGCAGCCAACAUUAUGAAACAAAUAUUAUCUGCUGUUGCUUAUUGUCACACCAAAUAAAUUGUACACAGAGAUCUCAAACCCGAAAACAUCAUUUUUACUUCCACUGAUGAUGAUGCCCAAUUAAAGAUCAUAGAUUUUGGAACUUCCAGAAGAUUUGAAAGCGACAAAAAAAUGACCAAAAGACUUGGCACUCCCUACUACAUAGCUCCUGAAGUACUCCUCAAAAAAUACAACGAAAAAUGCGAUGUCUGGUCCUGUGGUGUUAUUCUCUACAUCUUAUUGGCUGGCUAUCCUCCCUUCUACGGCAAGAAGGAUAUCGACAUCUACCAAAAGAUAGUCAAGGCUAAUGUUCCAUUCUACACUGAGGAAUGGUCCAAGGUUAGCGAGUAAGCAAAGUCAUUGAUCUUGAAAAUGCUGUGCAAAGAUGCAGAGUAAAGAAUAAGUGCAAAGGAUGUCUUGGCUGAUCCUUGGAUGAUAGAGCAUAAUUAGAGCAAUCUGGUUGAUCAGCAGUUCCUUAAGAAUCUCUCAGAAUUCAGUGCCAAAAGUAAACUAAAAUAGGCUCUUCUAACUUUCAUGGCCUGUCAAAUGAUUUAAUAACAUGAAGUGGAGGACUUACAAAAAUUAUUCAAAGAAUUAGAUACUAAUUGUGAUGGAACAGUUUCUAAAGAUGAACUAAAAAAAGCUUUUUAAGAUAAAAUCAUGAAUAAAGAUUACUUUGUUGAAUCCAUCGAAGAAAAGAUCGAGAAUCUCAUUCAACAAAUAGAUAUCAAUCAAUCUGGCAAAAUUGAUUACACUGAAUUCAUCAUUGCAAGUCUACAACAACAACGUUUGAUCACUGAAGAGAAGAUCAAAUAAACAUUUAAAAUAUUGGAUAUUAAUGGCGAUAAUUACAUAUCCAAAGGGGAGUUCUAGAGAGCCAUGGAAGGAGUGGAUGAUGUCAUAUGGGGAGAGUUCUUAGAAGAAUGCGAUGAUGACAAAGAUGGUAAAAUCUCGGAAGCAGAGUUCAUCCAAAUAAUACUAAAGAAAAUUUGA